GAAAGAGAAAGUAAAUGCUUGCAUGGCGGUUUUAGGAAACUGGAAUGAUUGUCCCGAGGACGAGAUUAUACAUUAUGUUUUGGACUUUUGGCGGUCUUAUCCUAGCACUUUUAUGCUUAGGUGUAAGUGGCUCACAGUCUCUUUAUGAUGUUCAGUGGCUUCCUUGUCCGUUUGUGGAUGAGAAAGUUCAUGUAAAUGAAGAAGGCCACACAGAAACCAAGUAUAUCAACAGAGAGGCUGUGCUUCAAUUUGGUAAUGUCGGCGACAAGCCUUUACACCCUACCAUUACCUUCCUUGUCACAGCCUCUAAAGUGGAUAUGAGACGUUAUUUGGAGGGAAGUGAGGAUACACUACACUGUGAGAUCCGUAGAUACAGCACUGGAGGGAUUGUAAUGCGCUGGCCCACCGCAGGAGCGCAAGAUCAUGACGUCUGGUUCACCUGUACAAUACGCCAUACACAAGGCUUGUUUGUCAUCACCACCUUCCUCAGGCACACAACUGCGACUCCAGCUCAAGGACAAGUGGAUUUCCUGCAAUGGAUAAUAGUCAAUGAUAGGGAUCUCCUGUCAACAUCAGCUGCAAUGGUUGUUUUGACCCGGACACCCUCAGUGGAGGUGGGAUUCUUGAAGGAGCCAAACCUGCACUGUCAGUUUGCAGUAGAUCAUAAACUGCCUAAUGCAACAGUGGAGUGGAGACUGCAGCGGCACGGGGAGCGCAGCAAGCUCUUCAGCUAUUCCAGCCGCACAGGGAAGAUUGAAGGCAGCGGAGUAGCUGUCAAGGCCAUCGCCGCUGGAAACGCCUCCUUUAAACUUCCACCCACCAGAAAACACAGCGAGGGCACAUAUAUCUGCUCUGUGAUGGUUCCUCCUCUCUAUGGCAGCCUUGAUAUUCCCCUUACCCUAAGUGGUAGAAAAGCAGCAAAAAAGAGGUUUUGA